CCUAUAACAAGCUCUUGAUUUUCCAAGUUCAGAUUUCAUUGAGGUUAACGUUUACCUUUCAUCCUUUCAAGAAUCGAUAAAAUGAAGUCACCCUCGAGUACUGGAUGCGAUUUAAUAAACUAACCCUCAUUCCCACAAAUUUCUGGUCUUAUCUCAAUCAAAUUGGUGAGCUACCAGUUCUUGAAACAUUGUCUUUAACCCUUCCUGAUAGUAAUACUCUUGAUGACACAGAUGACAAGCAAGACACAUUGUCAGUGGACAAUGAAGGCAGUCAGUCGCAGACAUCAGAGGAUCUUUGUUCCUGUAUUUUCUGUACUUACACUGUGGACAUUUCACAAGACAAGGACUCGUUACUUCGGCACUUGAUCAUCUCUCACAAACUUGUCAUUGCAGAUGUUAAAUUAAUUGCCAACUUAAAAAAAUAUAUUCUUUACUGGAAGAAACGAAUGAAAGGUCAUCCAAUCACAGACUUCUGCUCCACCAUUGUACUCAAUAGCAAGGAAUCAGAUGUUGGGAAACGAGAAGACUACUAUUUACUCUCUGAUGUCUUCCCUGAAGAUAAAUACCUGCGUCAGUAUUUACAAGAGAAAAGACUUGAAACUGCUUUAGAAGUGCAACAGAAAGAAAGAGCAGAUCAAACUUUCUCCAGAGAUUGUCUCUUCUGUAGAGAACAUUUCUUAGGCAAUAGAUCUGAACUAUUCAACCAUAUGGCAUUUGAUCACGGUUUCAAUGUUGGUCAACCAGACAAUCUUGUAUUCGUCUCAGAGUUUUUAGACAAAUUACAACAAAAGUUAGACAAUCUGCAGUGUCUCUAUUGUGAAAAGACAUUCCGUGAUCGCCCAACCCUGAAGGAACACAUGCGGAAGAAGCAGCACAAAAGGAUCAAAUCCAACAACACACUCUACGACAAAUAUUACAUCAUCAAUUACUUGGAAAUUGGUAAGAACUGGGAAAAUUUUGAAUCCAGCGAGGAAUUCUCUACAGACUUUGACUGUGAAGAAAACUGGGAUGGCUGGCAUGAUGAGAGUGGUUCCACUGCAGUCUGUUUGUUCUGUGAUUUCUCUUCAGCUGAUGCAGAUAUUUUACUUCAACAUAUGAAAGACAGCCAUGGUUUAGACUUGAAUUUGUUAAAGAAAGAACAUAAUUUAGAUUUUUAUCAACAAGUUAAAUUAAUCAACUACAUCCGACGACAGGUCCAUUUGCUCAAGUGCAUCAGUUGUGAUAAACAGUUUGAAAGUAAAGAUGCAUUAAUGCUACACAUACAUUCAAGUGGACACAGCCAACAAAUACCCAGGUCCAACAUGUGGAUGCAACCACAGUACUAUUUCCCAACAUAUGAAAAUGACAACCUGUUAUGUCAGUUAAUGGAUAAUACAAUUCCUGAAGCUAACAACAGUGGAAUGUCAGAAGACUGUGAUUUCAAACCAGAGAACUUCUUACCUGAAUGUAUAUUGAAGGAAAUCCUCUCAAUUGAUUGACAAAACAGCCCAACUCGAUCACACCAAACACAAUUAGAAAUAAUGAAACCAACAAAAAGGAAAAAUUUCUAAAAAUUUGAUUUUAUUUGUUACAAUCUGACUCAGCACCUCAUCUUUAUUUUGUCCGUCUUUCUGAUAUAGAAAAUACUGCUGCAGUUGUUAUCAAUCAACAACAGACGAUGACAUCAAGGCAGUGUUUAAAGGUAUCUAAGGCAGCAGAUGAAGUCCAUCAGCUUCAUUGUUUUAUAUUCUGCUACAUUAGCACUGAAUGCUGUCCAGGAGUGAGUGAAGGCUUUCAGUCAGCACAGAAUUGACUGAUUUCUUUUUUUACUUUAAAUUGAAAAGCUAACUUAUUGGCAAUUUUUGUUGCAAGAAAUAGUAAUUGAUCCCAACAAUAAAUUUGCACAUUUUGUUUGUUCGGC